AUGUCCAGCACUCGUACCCGCAAGCCCGCAGCGGCAAAAGCAACCAAAAAUACACCAGAGAAAGCCAAGUCUGUCAAGAAGGUGGAACCAUCACGAAAGUCUACCACUGCCGGGAUGAGCGGUGCCCGCGUUGCCGAUGCGAAGAGAGCACCCAAAGCUUCCGCCAAAGACCCAGAAGCGACUGUAAAGAAGACGAGCAAGCGGAAGGCGGAAACGGAAGAUGAGCAUGAACCUCAAGCCAACGGCAUCAAAAGAGCGCGAGUCACCAGGCCGGCCCCUGACGCUGACAAGCCUGAACUCGCCAAACGAAUCACUGCCCCUGCCAAAAAACCAACCGCAGCGAAAAAGCCCAAGACAACAAAGGCAGAGAUCAACCAGCCUCCGAGUGAGAAAUUAAAUGUCUACGUGUUUGGGGAAGGCUCUUCUGGGGAACUCGGCCUCGGAAGCGCCAAAGGCCAGACGGAGGUGAAGAGACCGCGAUACAAUCCCAACCUCAGCCCGGAUACUGUCGGAGUGGUGGCCUUGUCAGUUGGUGGGAUGCACACUGCGGCUCUGACCUAUGACAACAAGAUCCUGACCUGGGGCGUCAAUGACCAGGGAGCUCUAGGUCGAGACACUGCUUGGGAAGGUGGUCUCCGUGAUAUCGAUGAAGAUGCUAGUGACUCUGACUCGGAUAGCGGUUCGGAGACAGCUGUCAACCCCAGAGAAUCCACACCGGGCGAAGUUGACCUUUCGGGUGUUCCUGAAGAUGUCAUCUUCACCCAAGUCGCCUGCACUGACAGUGCCACUUUUGCUCUCACGAACCAGGGCGACGUGUACGGAUGGGGCACAUUCCGCUCGAAUGAAGGCAUUUUUGGCUUUGACCCCACCACGCUGAUACAGCUCCGACCGAAGCUGAUCAAGGGCCUCAGCAAAAUCACCCAACUUGCAACUGGUGCCAACCAUGUCCUCGCCUUGCAGAACAAUGGAGCCGUCUACUGCUGGGGUUCAGGACAGCAGAAUCAAUUGGGUCGAAGGAUUCUGGAGCGAAGAGCGACGAACAGUUUGAUACCGACGGCCAUUGGCACACUCAAGAAGAUCGAGUAUGUUGGGGCAGGAGCCUACAAUUCUUUUGCCGUGAAGUCGAAUGGUGAUGUCUAUUCCUGGGGCCUGAAUAAUUUCGGCCAGACGGGCAUUCCCAAGGAAUUCGACGAGGCUGGCAAUACAAAAGGCAACGACGUGCACAUGCCUAUCGUUGUUGAUUCGCUUCGCGACAAGUUUGGCAAAGUCACAUGUAUUCAAGGAGGGUCUCAUCACACCGUGGCCGUCACCGACAAACACGAACUGCUGGUCUGGGGACGAGUCGAUGGAAACCAGUCGGGUCUGAAAGUCAAGGAUCUUCCGGAAGACGAUGUCGUGCGCGAUUCAGCCGGCCACCCGAGGAUUUUGAUCGUGCCGACCCAAAUCCCCCACAUUGAGGCUCUCAUGGCUGCUGCCGGGUCUGACCAUUGCGUCGCGAUUGACAAGAACGGCAAGGCGUACUCGUGGGGGUUCAGUACGACCUACCAGACGGGACAGGGCACUUCGGACGACGUGGAACUUGCGACCAUGAUCGACAACACGGCCGUCAGAGACAAGAAACUGAUUUGGGCCGGUGCGGGCGGUCAAUUCAGCGUGAUUGCGGGUCUUCCGGCGGCGGCACCUUUAGUCAAUGGUAUCAAUGGACAUGCUGCGUGA